GCUUUACAGUCACAGCAGAGGUGUCAGUGUGGGAGGAUAAGUGGCGACCUUCGCUGUUGACACACUAACACUAGGGCUAUCAAACCCAACUGACUCCUGUCUCUCUGACACAUGUGCGCGUUCACGCGAAACAGGAGAGAAAUAUUCAAGCAUUCCCUAGCAGGGAAUAAGCAGCCCUGUCUCAUUAGCAAAGAGGCGGAGUACAGCUUGAAGGGGAGAGAAGGUCCACAGAAGAACCGGGCAUGUCCAAACAUAUCCAGCAGACCAGUCUACCAACCUCCACGCCGUGCUGUCAUCAUAACCAAUAGGUUGGAUUUACAGCCUGUAGUCUAGCCUAUUUUGUUAUCGGGAAACGACACAAAGCUACAAAUGCGCAUUUGAUGGAUUCAUCUUGAGACGCGCCUCUACUAAAGACUAAAAUAGUCGGAUUUUUAGUCUUUUCUUAAAGACUGUGGCUCAGCUUGGCCAUGUCUUUCACGGUCAAAGUGAUGAGAGACGGGCUGCUGGAGAAACGCAGCAGUGGGCUUCUCCAGCUGUGGAAGAAGAAGCGCUGUGUGCUCACCGAAGAAGGGCUGCGCUUGCACAACUGCAAAGGCGGCGGUGAUGCUCUGGGUUCGGCAUGGAGCUCCAAAACCAAGGAGCUCCGCUUCGAGCGCAUGGCUACAGUGGAUUGUGUAGAAUACAAGCGAGGGCUGGUGUAUUUCACCAUAGUUAUGGCUACGGGCAAGGAGAUUGACUUUCGGUGUCCGCAGGACGGCACAGCAUGGAACGCGGAGAUAGCUUUGGCACUGGUGCGCUAUAAGAACCUACAGGCCGUGCAGACCGGGAAGAACCGGUACCUGUCCGCAACACAUCUGGGCAGCGCAGGGGAGGAUGAGGAGCUUUGAUUUGACUGUAAGUCUUCCUCAUUACAGCCUCCAUGUUUUUUGGAUGUGAACCAAUCAAAGGAGGAAAGAGAUCAUCGGGUCCAUGGGCUUGCUUCUGUGCUGCACAGCAUCAUGGGAUGGAUAAAGUCAUCAUGGGUCAGAGGACAAGAGUCACAGAUAACCUUUUUGUCUUUCUUUACGAGUUUGUUGCACACAAAGCUUAGGAAUCUGAUGCCAUAAUCAUGGACAACUUUUUAUCUGUCAUGACUUAAUUGUGGAGGUCAGUGCAACAACUUCUGCAAGGGGAAAAAUACAUUUUUGGACAAACACUGUGGAACUUGAAUAUAUUUUACCCUUUGUGCCUUGAUGUUUAAAAUAUAUCUUUUACUUAAGGCAUUAUUUUAAGAUAUUUUUGAAGAACAAGUCAUUACAGUCACGUUUUUAAUUAAAAUGGUUUGCUCAAAAAUUUUGUAACAGACUGAACAGACCUUAGUCACUCUGAAGUUGAACAUGAAUACAUGUUUUGAUCAUUUUUGUUGCACAUUGUAUUCAGUGUAUUUUCUUAAACCAUGUACAGUAUUGCAAUUGUAAAAUACAUAAUUACAUUUUCUUGAGUUUCUGUCACCAAGAUUAUUUUGAACACACUUGCUGUUCUGCACAUUGACACAAAUGCAUCAUGUCUAUUGGUGCUUAAAAAAAAAAAAAAAAAAAAAAAAAAGAAUGAAAGAAAGAAAGAAAAAGUCAGCUGUAGCUUAUUUUAGAUCCACACUGUUAAUUUCCAAGCUCAUCUGUUUCCAGUUGUGCUGUAAUCUUGCUGUUAUAGCCUCUGGAAAAUGUACACACCCCAGCUGCAUCCGCACACACAGACACACACACAUGCACUGUGGCUAUUAUGUCUCAGAGUCAGGACACCUUUUGUUCUGCACUAAUGAGAAAGACUGUGAGCCUGAGGCAUGCGCACACAAACAUCCGCCCACACAUAUUCACCUAAGGAAGCACACCCAGCAUGAAAUUCAGCAAGGCCUAAGCAUCAGCAGACUCCUGUUAGCAAGACAUGCUUGUUUUCUUCAUUAAAGAUUGUUUUUCUGUUGUCAAAACUC